GAUAGACAGAGGUACAGAAUUGAGUGCAUAUAUUUCAUGAUAUAUGUGUGAUAAUUCGUCAUGAAAGCGUCACGCAUGCACCCUAAAUAUGAACAUACGGGCUAGGGAAGUGACCGCCAUUGUUGUUUCAGGAAGUUCUUUUCUCAGACAUGGCCAUGGGAAUCAAUGAAAGCAGCGAGAAGGAUGAUAUUGUUAAGGUGGGGGCGAUUGUUCUUGCUUUCUUUUGUUCUGCAUUACUGUUAUGGGCUUCUGGUAGCCCUAUCUGGUUGGUAGACAACCAAUCCUUAGGAAGUCUACCUUUCUCAAUCGUGGAGAAUAACAAGAGCAAUGACCAUUCAGAGAAUUUAACUAUCUCGCAGGGGUACUGUGACAUUUUUGUGGGUAGUUGGGUUUAUGAUGAAUCGUACGAUCUGUAUUCUGGAAAUCAGUGCCCAUACUCUAGCCCGGUUUUUGACUGUCAGAAGAAUGGCAGGAAGGAUUCUGAAUACAAGAAAUGGCGAUGGCAGCCCCUUGACUGUGAUAUUCCCAGGUUUAAUGCAUCUGAUUUGCUGAAUAGGUUGAGGGGCAAAAGACUGGUCUAUGUGGGCGAUUCUAUCAGUCACAGUCAGUGGGAAUCCAUGGUUUGCCUUCUCACCCAAAGUGAUGGUCAUGGGAAAGGGCAGUCCUCUGUCACAACCUUUCAUCAAGGAGGUACUUCCGGUUAUCUUCUGAAGGAGUACAAUUGUUCCAUAGAGCUCUCAUGGUCACCAUUCCUGGUGAGGCAACACAACGCUCCUGAUAAGGAAACUUUACAAAUUGACACCAUAGACGAUCCAGCCUCAGUAUGGAAGACCGCAGAUAUACUUGUAUUCAGCACAGGGCAUUGGUGGACUCAUCCGCUGCCUUUAGCAGGGAAGGAUUAUUAUGAGGAAGGUGGGUUCGUCCAUCCCCACAUGGAGGAGAGUGUCGCUUUUGAAAAAGCACUGAGGACAUGGGCUAGAUGGGUGGAUACCAACAUUGAUCCAUUGCACACCCAAGUCUUUUUCCGAACCUACUCCCCAGUGCAUUUCAAUGGGAAGAUGUGGGGGAAAAAGGAAGGGGGAGGAUGUUUCAAAGAGACAGAGCCCAUAGCCAAGCUGGAAGAGGAACAAGUAAAAAUAAAUCCAGACAUGAAGAGAGUAUUGACGAUGGGAAAUGUCACCCAAGAAAUGAAAUCUAAAGUGAAAGUGGUAAACAUAACAUGGAUGUCGAUGCAUAGGAAGGAUGCACAUUCAUCUGUGUAUAAUAAAAGAGAUGAGAAUAGAACAGAAUCUGAUUACUCGAAAGCAGAUUGCAGUCAUUGGUGUCUCCCUGGUUUACCAGAUGUAUGGAACCAUCUGCUAUCUGUUCUCAUUAUCUAACACCCUAUUAUACUACAGCAUAUUGGAAUUUUUUCCAUUGAAAUUAUAGUGAUCAAUGAUGAGGAUAUACAGGGUAAUCUGCUCACUAUUUUUUCAACUGAAAUAAUGUUGGUCAUCCACAGUGUAAUCUGCAAUGUCCAUGGCCGCAUGUCUGUCACAUGCACAUUUCAAUGGCGCACAAUUUUUAAAAGGUUUUUAAGAAGUAGGUUUGUCAAUUAAUGGCAUCCUCUUCUUUUUACCUACUCUGGACUUUCUUGCUUGGAAUAUUCCUUGUUAAACUUACGCGGGCUUCUUGUAUUUAUGUUCUUUUAAAGGAGGAGAAAAGUAAUGGAAAGCAAUGCUGUCAUGUACGAAAAUAUGAUUAUAGUAAUUAGUACCUACAAUGUCAAUUAUAAAUAUGAUUAUAAGCCUCCUUAGAAGGUUUAUGUCUCAUUCA